AUGAUCGACCGUGACCAUAUGGCCAGAACCGAGAUCCUUCUGAGAGAUUGGAAGAAAGGCGAAUUUGACGGCCACCCUAUACAUUCGCAGCAGAUAUUCAUCACCCCAGACGACGUGGAGCGGUUGCGAGAUGCAAAGAUUCAUGUCUGGACCUUUGUUCAGAGACCGGGACAGGCGGUCUUUAUCCCGGCGGGAGUCGGACAUCAAGUAACGAACCUGUCGUCUUGCAUCAAGAUUGCGGUUGACUUUGUCAAUCCUGCGAACGUGAUGCAUUCGAAUAAGAUUGGCCAAGAGCUCCGCCAACAUCGGCUUGAGUCACACGAUUCCGAGUCCGAGGAUGUUUUACAAUUGGCAUCCAUGGCUUGGUGGUUCUACGUUCGCUCCAAGACCGACGACUUUAAACGUCUUCGCUCCGAUCCCUACUCAGACCCCUGGAUUUCACCUUAUUCAGCGGCUCCUCGUUAUCUGCAAGUCCGCGUCAACCUCCAAGCAGGCGCUGUCCAUGACGCCCAGAAGUCGCCUGCCUCUGAAGAGCGCGAGGCAGUUCCGGAGAUGCGCACCCGUUCCUCAGGCGCCGUCCAUGACGCCCAGAAGUCGCCUGCCUCUGAAGAGCGCGAGGCAGUUUCGGAGAUGCCCGAUCCCGAGGCAAUGGACGACUUGAUGCCAGAUGCCACCCCUAUGUCGCUCGACUCGCCUCCACCGUUGGCGUCGUCUUCGGUGCCGAGCACUGAGUCUGCUCCCGCAGCAAUUCCGUCCAAGCGAUCAUGUGAUAGUAUGCCCGCGUAUCACCGGCAUAGACGAGCAAAGAAAGCUCGUGUGGCUGCACUGUCUCAGAAUCCGGAGAGGACACUACAGUGUCCUAUAGACGCUCCUGGAAAGUGCAAACGUCAGGCUUCCUUGUUCAAGCGGCAAGAACUCCUCGACCACCUGGAGCAGACUCAUCGCGAAUAUGUCGCUUUCAGGGAUCCAAGUAAGAAUAUGACCAAACGGCAGAUGGGCGCAAAGCGCCUGGAAAUCCUGGGAUUCGCAGGCGAUGAUCAAGCCUUUCUCGCCUACCUGAAGGACCUCGUGCUUAGUAAAGAGCCAUCGGUCUCGCCUUAG